AUGGCUCGAUGGAAGCGGAGACCUCACAAGGUAUGCGUGGACGACGCACAGCAGAGACAAGAGAUAUAUGAGUGGUGUGCAGUGCUAGGCCCAUACCCGAUGUGGAUGACAACGGACCGCUUGUUCGUGUUCCUGUACGACCUGCCCGACACGGUGGCGUGGAAUGGCGUGAUGUGUAUCCUGACGAUGGGGUGUGUCAUCAUGGUCUCCAUGGACAUCGUCACCGCAUUCUCGUUCUUCGACAUACCGGUCAGCCUCGCCAUCGAUAUCGGCCCCGACACAUACCCAACUAACGAUAUGGAACGUGUCCUGGCCAUCUGCCUGAUGAUAACUGGCACCCUGAUAGUGACUGGCGUGUGUAUAGCCUCCUUGGCACUUAUCAUUGGCAUCUAUUUGGCCCCCGAAGAACAGUUCCGCUCAAGAUUUCGCAUCAUCAUGAAUGAAAUGACAGACACCCACGUGCCGGUGCUCAUGAAGGAGAAGGUAGAGACGUUCUACAGAAUGUACUGGCACAAGCAGAAGGCAGUGUCGAGCACCGACCUGCUGCCGAUGUUCCCGUCAUCACUUUCCUCGGCUAUAUUUACUGACAUUUACUUUGAGGCGCUACAAAAGAGUCGAGUCCUGUGUGACCUGUCGUAUUCGUUCUUGGCCGAGACAGCCAAGUACAUGAAAACUAUCAACUACAUACCUGGGGACACCAUCAUCAAACGCAACUCCAGCAAGUCUGACAUCAUCUACAUCUCCUAUGGUGAUGUCGAGAUGUUGACGGCUGAGGAUGACGAGACGCCAAUCCUGCGGUUCACUCGCGGCUCCAUCAUGAAUCCUUGCGGUGGCUGCGUCGAGGUGGCCGGGUCGCAGGCGCACGUCGCGAUCCGCGCUGCCACCUUCUGCACCGCACACAUCCUCAAGACCUCUGACCUGUGGAGAGUUGCUGCCAAAUACGGCAGAAUCAACGGGCAGUCUUUCAUCCUGCACUCUUCAUUUCUCGAACAUUUCGAAUUAGUCAAGAAGCACUAUGCAGGACAGAAACAUCCACCUGUCAAGUACAAGAGUACUAUACUGAAACUGAAGCGUAACUUGAUGGCGCUGAAGGAGGCUCGUGAUGACAAUGGCAAGUUGUUGCUCGGGCGCACUGACAUGUUCCUGGAAAUUGCUGGCUGCUACCUCAUGAGGAACCGGUCGGACUCGUCGCUCACCGAGGAGUCUGACACGAUUUGCCUGCGGUCCACGUUCCCGUGCAUCCUGCAGCCGCUGUCCUCGCUGCAGAUCGCCUGGCAGGCGUUCGUCUCCUGCGUCACAGUCCUCGUUACUAUUCUGCAUCCGUACUAUCUGUGUUUCUUGCUCACGAUACCAGCAGAGUUCUCAUUCUUCAAUUACGUGUGUACUUUUAUCUACCUCAUGGAUAUUAUCGUGCAUUUAUCCAUCGGAGACAAAAUAGAAGAAGGGGUGCCGAUAACAUUCACGCAAACGUCAUCCCAGCAGAUCAAGAGCUACUGGUUCAUGUUGGAUGUACUCGCUGUCAUGCCAAUGUUCGAGUUUAUCUGGAACGGACGUUUCACUGGCGUCAACAAACUUUUGAAAAUACCUAAGGUGUUCCGUCAACUUCAACAUCUGGAGACAGUGUUUGUGUACUACGCAGACGUUAUUCGGUUUAUGUCCUACUGCGCGCUCAUCAUGGUCAUCUGCUGGCUGGUAGCGGCCAUCCAACAAGGAUUCUGGUGCUUCGAGUUUGAGUACUGCCAAAUAAAGGACCUGAAUAAGGAGCCGUAUUGGACUUACGGCCUACUGGACGACGGCCCCGUGGGUAUAAGACUAUACUUCAGCAUCUACUGGGCUGUCUCCAUCGUUACCUUCACAUCGCAUAAAACAUCUGCCACGACAAAGGCGUCGUACCGCACGCAAAAUUUCAUGAUGAUACUUUUGGAGGUCUGUACCUUUGUCCACAUCUUGAUCGAGGCCGCCUACUCUGCCAACAUUAUGGUAACAGAAAUUGUAAGGGAUCGGUACAACACCUGCAUAGACACGGUAAAGCAGUUCCUCAUCAAGAACAACGUGGAUCCUCUCCUGAGACAUCGGUUCAUCACGUACCUGCAGCUGUGCUGGUUCACCGACAAGGCCUACUCCAUAACCCACGAGAAGUCUUCGAUCCUGUUCGACCUUCCGAUACAUGUGAACCAGGAGUUGUUGAACAUGCAGCGCAGCAAAUACAUACUCUGUAUACCGUUCAUGAAGCUACUCAAUAAAGCGAUGCUGAAGGAUGUGUCGUCGCGAGCUCGCCUGUUCUACACGUCACCAAAUGAGAUCCUCCUGAAUACCGGUGACAUCAGCAAUGAGAUUUACGUCAUCAAGCAAGGAUACUGCGAGGUAUUGAAUCCAGAUACGAAAGAAGUUGUCAAUUUAAUUACUGUCAGGAACCAUUUCAGUGAUCUUGAGUGUUUGUUACGAAUCCCUGCUUUCUACACGGUAAAGGCAGUGACCCACGUGCAAGUGUUCUCCAUCUCCAGGAAGCAGCUGGAGAAGACUUUGGCCCUACCCGCGUUGAGGAACGCCAUACGCUAUGCGCGGACCUUGCCGGAGUACGAGUAUCUGCAGAAGCGGCGGCAGCAGUUCCUGACCUACAGCAUGCCGCCGAGCCCCGCCAACAGGGAGUGGUUCCCCCUACCCCGCAAGCACGAGCCCGACACCGCCUUCCUGCUGCCCUUCACCAGGCUCGGCUUCUUCGCCAUCCUCAGAUACGUGUUUCCGCGCUUCACGAUCCGGCCGGACAGCCAGUACCUGAAGCGGUACGAGUGGUUCCGCGGCGCGUGCGCAUUCCUCUGUACGUGUAUCUUCCCGCUGUACAGCAUGCUCGUGCUGCAGUGGCCGGAGCUGAGCAGUGUCAAAAUUGUGCUGGACAUCUGUGCUUACUUCGACAUAAUCCAACGCAUGCUGAUCGGUUAUUUCGACGACAAGGGUAUUCUGGUGUACCACCCGGCGAGCACCGCCGCCCACUACAUCAAGGGCGCGUUCCUCCUGGACUUGUUUGCUUGUCUGCCGCUCGAGGAGUUGGACGGUGUUCGGAGAAAUAUAUACUUGAAAGACGGAGCGUACCGCCAGUCGAUGACGUGUACAAUAUUCAUGUACAACCGGCUGCUGCAGAUGUAUCGACUGCCCAACGCACUCGACAUCUUGAAGGACUACAUCGAUCGACAAGACAUCAUAUUUAUCAUCAAAGCGUUCCCGCUGCUGUUGGCGCUGGUGAUAGUGACUACAUCCAUCAUAGUGGAACUGUCGGUGCACAAGUGGGCCGUCAUCGCCGGUGGGUGGAGGAUUGAACCAGCCCUGGAUCCGGUGCAUGGCAGCUGGAUCAACCACCGCAAGUAUGUUGUUCAAUACAACAUGACGAGGGAUCCGUGGAGCAUGGUACUGACCACCUUCUACUGGGUGGUAUACGAGUCCACCACCACCGGCUUCGACCUCAUCGAGCCCACGAAUCUCGACAUGAUGUUCUACCUCGUUGUCGGCAUGGUUUUCGCAAGCGUAAUGACGACGUACUUCAGUGUCCGCGUGAUCAGUAUCAGGAGCAACGUGAACCAGGCGCUGGCGAACUACCAGGACCACAUCAAGGACAUCAACGUCUUCAUGAGCAGGGAGAAGGUUGACCCAGAGUUACGGCAUGAGGUGCUACAGUACUACGAGUACGUAUGGGACAAGACAGGCGGCACCGACUACCGCACCGUCCUCAAGCUGUGCGACCAGAUCACUCUGCGCACUGACGCCAUCUUGCACGUGUACGGACAAACGUUCGCUAAGUGUCCUAUCCUAUACGAGUGCGACAUAUCGCUACUGCGCAUCCUGGGCCGUGCGGUCCGCAGCAUGUACUUCCGCGCCGGCAUGGUAAUCAUCGACCGGAUGGACAUCAUCUCCCACCUCUACUUCAUCGACUACGGCACCAUGGACCUGCGCUACCAGGAUGAUGACGAUCAUAUCCGCACCAAGUUGCCGCGUGGAAGUCUGCUCGGGAACUUGGAGAACAAGAAGACUGUAGCAUGCCCCAACAGAUUCACCGCUUGCACCAAUUUGCACUUGUUGAGAAUUAACUCGCAAGUUUUCCAUAAACUCAUCCAGGACUUCCCGACCGUUAGAAUACUCAUGAAGAAGUAUUUACCGAAUAACGAGAAUUACAUAAUAGGCAGCUUAACCGACCCGAAUAAGGUGAUGAUGGUUUGGAAGGAGCGUGUCCAGAGCACUGCUAUGAUCGACGCAAGAACCUCUGGCUUCGUCAAAUACUUCCACCCUGACUGCAAAGCCAUGCAGAUAUACUUGAUAAUUGUUUGCAUGGCGGUUGUGUAUGGCGACGUGUACAAUGCAGGAUUCCAGUGCAACCAUAUCAUCCUUAUAGGAGUACUUUACUUGCUCGACUUAGCGUUCUUUUUGAAGAUCAUCCUGACUUAUCUGUUGCCAUACGUCACUGAACAAGAGUCAGAAGCUAGGAAUGCUCUCAUCAACUCCAGGCAAAGGUAUUACAAGGGAGAAUUCAGAUUCGAUAUAAUGUCGUGCAUACCUUUCGAAAUCUUCUGUUUGUUGAAUGAGGAUCCUUGGUCCGUGUUUGCCUACUAUCGUCUUAACAGGUGUUUGAGGACGAUAACGGUGAAUGUAUGCCUGAGCCGGUACAAUGAGAAGUUGAACAUUAACCUGAGCGUCAUCACAGUGAUGUCUGUGUUCAUCUGGUUCACAUUCCUGCUGCACUGCUACACGUGCGUGUGGGUGCUGCUCGGGAGCAUCGAGGAGCAGAACAGUCCCAACUCCUCGUGGCAUUGGAUGAAAAAAGGCCCUGGAAAAGCGGAAUAUGUGUGCGGCAAUGAAUACCUGUGUGCAAUAUACUUCGUUAUAACCACGUUCACUCAAAACGGUUGCGGAGACAUAUUGGCAGCGCAACGUUCAGAGGUGGUCUUCGUGUGCAUACUGAUGUUGUCGUCGACAAUGAUCUACAUGAUCUACGUCGGAGAGUUCUCCAACGUGAUCCACUACUCCUCGUUCCGCUGCUUCCAGUUCUACAGCAAGUACCUUGAACUUCAGGAAUUCCUGCGUAACAACCGCGUGGCGAGCAACCUGGUGCUGCUGACGAAGGCAUACAGCCUACACCUAUGGCGCGAGGCUCGCGGGCUCCAGAUGCCACACUUCCUCAAAUCGGCCCCCGACGUGCUGAGACACAGGCUCAUGUCUGCUGCUUACCUGCAUCACCUUAAUGCGCAUCCGCUUUUCCAAGAUUGUGAAUCUGCUUUUCUGCGCCAAUUGACGGGAUAUCUGGAACCAUUCUAUUAUAAUGACGGUAUGUACGUCGUGAGAGAGGGAGAAAUAACGAAUUCGAUGUACUUUAUCCACCAAGGCCAAGUGUUAGAGGUCGACGAAGACUUAGAAGAGAUCAUCCAAGUUUAUAAAAAAGAUCAGAACUUCGGAACAGUGCAGGGUUUGCAUCGUGAUACUCCAUUCAAGCUCUCCUACAAAACUAUAAUCAAAUCUCAAGUAUUAACACUUUCCUUAGACAAAUGGGAAUAUUUACUAACACAUUUCCCUGAAAGUAAAGAUAAGAUUUAUAAAAAUUUCACGAAAGAGGAUGGAGAUAAAAGGAAAGAAUCCAAAAACUACGAUGAUAUCGAUCAAAAAAAAAAGCCUGCCAAAGUACCGAAAAACAUACAAACUGACGUGAAAAAGAGAUUUGGGUUAACGACCGCAUCUCAAGGAGUAGUGCGAACUGCUGAAUCCAAACCAGGUUUAGUAGAUCAACCUCUAGCCGACGACGGGGCACUGCCAGAGACUGGAAGUGCACGAUCUGAAGGAUCUAUUAUAGCAGCCCGUCAGUUCGCCGAAAAAGCUCUGGCAAAAGUUCAAAAGCACGGACCACAACAAAGUACUGUUGGAAAACCGCCUCUACCUCAGAAAUUAACAGAACCUCUAACAGAGGAACAACCAGAAAAAGAAGCAGAAGAACCUCAAUUUAAGUGGCCUAUUAACAGUAGACGUAAAUCCUCUUUUGUCGACCCAGUAGAACAGAGAAAAUAUGAUAGUGAUGACGAAGAAGAAGAGGAACCACCACCUCAGCCUCAACAGGGUAGACGCAAAUCCACUGUGCUAGGUAUUGAUAAAGCUGCAAUUGAAGAAGAGUUGAGGCUUAUAUCUGACGAUAGGGGUCAGAAAAAAGGAGCUGAGGAAAUUUCUCCUUGGCCGUUACAUAGUAGAAGAAAAUCUUCUGCACAAGAUAUAUAUCCAGAACAAAAACAAAGUGCACGUGAAUCAGAAGAAGAACCCCCAAUGCCUUCUUACGAUAGACGCAAGUCAACUGUUCAUAACGUCGAUAAAGAAGCUGUUGAGAAAGAGUUGGUAAGUUUGGCUGAAGGUUUUGAUGCAGGUGCUACUACCUCUGUAGAGACUAAAUUGCCUGUAUUCCCUCAGGAUGACAGAACUUCAGAACAAGAUAUAGAAUUAGAUGAUAUCAAACCUCCUGACCAGGAAAAAACUGAAGAAACGUAUUAUAUGCCUGCUAGCGAAGCAUCAGAUGAACCAUCCUUAGUACAUAAAGUAGCAAGUGACAUUGUACUUAAGAAAGCCCCAGAACAACCCGAACUACCAGAGAAUUUAACUCUGUUAGAUGAUAGACCAGAAAUUACAACUGACUCGCCAGUAGAUAGUGACGACGAUGAAGAUGCGGAAAAGGGUAAAGAUGAGAGUCUUUCCACUAAAAAAGCAACAAGGUCUCAAUCUAUAUGGGGCGUAGAAGAUUUCAUAAUGCAAGACAAAUCUCCAACAAAUAAAGAGGAUAAAAAGUCCAUUCAAGACAUUCGUGAAGUUGCAAAAAUUGAAAAAAGUGACACUGUAAGUGUAAUGGAGUCUGAAGUUGAGCUUGGGGCACAUUCAUUGGAGCCUGGCGAAGGUGCACGCGACGACCAGUCGCUACCCAGCACGUCUGGAGGCAAGUCGCUUGCGAAAGGCAAAAAGAAGGAACCAGAGAAGUGAUUUGACCAGAGAGUACUUUGAAAAUGAUGUUUCGCUUCCACGGUAAUGACCAGGAACCUCGAAUCUCUAUAUGAGUUUUAACUUAGGAGUGAGACAACCAAGAGUUUUAUAAAAUAGGAAUAGAAUUGUUAAUUUAAUUUUCUUUUAGUAAUGGUUGAAGAAAUAUUUUCUGUUCAUUAUUCUUUGAUUACAAUUGUUGUUUUUGUUCACUAUAAUUAU